AUGUCGACUUCACCAACUGAAAAUAUCGAGUUGGUAGCCUCACUACCGCCAGAGGGUGCUUCGCGAAAGCGCCAACGGCGUGUGCCGCGGCAGACCCCAAGGUCGCCGAACACGCACCCGUCCAGCGGCACUGUGGGAGUCAACGAAGCUCCUCACUCGGAGGUCGCAAGUCACGUAGUUCCGGGUCAACGCAGCGUCCCCGAAGUUGAUGUCGGCUCGGACGACUAUUUGGACGCUGAAGCUGUCUCUGAACAGGGCGGUAUGACACGGCUGCUAGUCUCUCCGCCGUUGUCUCGGUUCGUGCAGGAUGUUGAACGCACGCGAAUGACGGGCGGAAGCAGCCUGGGCCACUCGCGACCAAGUGAUGCAAGCGCAGUAGACGCUGAGAAAAGUUAUACGGGAGCCAUGAGCGUUGAUCCUCUCUCUCUAGGGAUCCGAGAACUCGUACGAAGCCGCCAGCGCCCCGUCAACCGCACUCCAACUGUGGACCGCCGUCGACGACAGGCUGACAACCGUACGGGUACCGCACACUGCUCACCUGGCUCUGAAGAAACAGUUGCGGAAGCGUCUGCGAAAGACAUCGGGUUGCAGAUACCCGCAGAGACCGAGGGCCCAUCGCCUAGGCAAGGCGGUGUAUCAGGGGCACCAGCCACACGUGAUGUGUUGGUUCCUGAACGACUCUAUGAAUCGCCUGCUAUCGUGGAGGACACACAAUCCGACAGGCUCGACCGACGGAUCCCUGGUGCAGAUACCGUCGUUCUUGCACCACAGGUCCGCUUAGAUAAUCGCGGCAACCUUGUCCUGGAUGAGCGCUCGUUAGUCGUCACCGCUUCGCAUGUGGCGGAUGCGCACGCUGAUGCUGGACAAGAAAGCGUGCACCCUGAACAGCAUUCAGAUCAUGCUGGUGCGGUGGGAGGUAACGCUUCGAUGGCGUCAGCGGCUUCGGGUCCAGCGUCGGUCGAGUGCGAUCUGCAGCGCCGUGUCCAGCGCCACCGUCGAGCGAUACGCGCUGAGCAGCAGAGACUUCUGCGCACUGCCAUAACGAGCGAGCAGCGUCCAGCAGAGAACGAGAACAUCUCUGUUGAAACGCAUACUGGAGCGCCUCGCCGCGGUGCUGCGACCAUUGCGUCCUUCACGAAUCGCGCCUCUUGUGAGCGCUGGCCGCCUGAGGAGACUGCGCUUUUCUAUCGUGCGCUACGAGCUUUCGGUCAAAACUAUUCUAUGAUUGAGCAGCUCUUUCCCAAUCGAAACCGAAAACAAAUCAAGAACAAAUUCAAGAAAGAAGAGCGUUCCAAUCCAGCCCUCAUUGAAGCGGCACUACGUGAGCACGGCGCUCGUCGCCAUCACUUGUCGCUUGGUCGGCAUACAUGCGCUACAGACACCACGCUUUCGGACAAUUCAGAACAUGCAGUGCCAGAGGCUGGCAUUGGCAGUUCAAAGGCAACUGCAGAACGUGAGCAAAUUUUUCAAGGAUUCGAUAAUGACUACAUCCAAAGGGUGUUCGGGGCAGCGUCCCCGGUGCUCCCCGAGGAGAUCCCGUAG